UAUAUAUAAGUUUUGGAUUGAAAUUAAUUAUGAACAAGACAUGGAAAAAAAAAAUUGUACUUUCACAAAUGAUUUGAUGGUGACACACUAUCUCAGAAAUCCUGAAUCCGCCACUGAUUAUGGUUGGACAUUGUUGAUGGUGAUUUAAGAACAAUAAAUGGGAGUAGAAGAUGAAGAUGAAUGAAUAGUGGGUGGAGGAAGCAUACUCGACUUUUGCAAUUGAGUCACAAGGCAUCCAGGUUAGGAGAAAGCAUUUGCUCCGACUUUAAGUCAUGUUUACUUCCUCUCUUAGUGCUCGCACAUUCAUCCUUCCAAUCUUGGUAGUUUUGACUACAUCAUCUAGCAUUCACAAAUAAUGUUGCAUCACUUUGGAAAGCCAAUUUUACCUAAUGCUAUGAGUGCCUAAAAGUACAGAUAAUAACGGGCUUUAUAGCUUCUUGAGCAAUGUUAUGAUAGCCUUAACAAAUGUACAAUUACCUACGUGACCCAUUUGCGAAUGGAGGGAGUAAUUAGAUUGUACUAGAGAAACUUAAGCUGAACUACUGAUGAAGUAGUUUAUCAUCUGGUUCAAAGCUGGUUAAUAUUUUUCAAGAGAAUUGUGAAUUUAGCAUACAUCAGAAACUGUGGGAUGGUGUAUGAGUCUGAUGUAUUGCACUGACUGUAAUUAUAGCCUUGUCAUUGCACUGAUGGCAACUCUUUUCUGAAGCUCUCCUGGAAGGAAAUAUGGAAGGUUUUUUCAAGUUGGUGUCAUAUUACAAAACUCAAUCCGAACCUGCAUACUGUGGGUUGGCUACCCUUGCUGUGGUCUUAAAUGCCCUUGCAAUUGACCCUGAAAGGAAGUGGAAAGGUCCGUGGAGAUGGUUUGAUGAUUCUAUGUUGGACUGUUGUGAGCCCCUUGAGAAGGUUAAGGUCAGCGGCAUCUCAUUUAACAAAGUUGCAUGCUUGGCUCAUUGUAAUGGAGCAGAAGUUGACACAUAUCAUACAAAUGAAAGUACCCAGGACAACUUCCGAAACUAUGUAAUCUCAUGUACUUCCUCAGAAAAUUGUCACAUGAUCGUCUCAUACCACAGAUCAUUUCUGAAGCAGACAGGAGGUGGUCAUUUUUCUCCAAUUGGUGGUUACCAUGCUGGAAAGGAUAUGGUUCUUAUUUUGGAUGUUGCUCGAUUCAAGUAUCCUCCUCACUGGGUACCCCUCACACUUCUAUGGGAUGCCAUGAACACGGUUGAUAAAGAUACAGGAUUUUACAGGGGGUUUAUGCUUCUAACGAGGGUUCAGGCAGCAUCAUCAAUCCUUUAUACUCUGAGUUGCCGUCAUGAUGGCUGGGACACUAUUGCCAAGUACUUGAGUAAAAAACUUCAACAACUCCUAUCUUCUGAAGAAAUUCACAAUAUUCAGGAUAUACUAUCUGUUAUUGUGUCAUCAGCUCCAGCAGAUCUGAGUAAUUUCAUCAAUUGGGUUGCUGAAGUUCGAAAACAGGAGAAUGGGAGUAAUCUUGUGAGUGAAGAGGAACAGGGGAGGUUGGUUACCAAGGAAGAGGUGUUGAAGCAAGUGCGAGAGACUGAACUCUUCAAACACCUAACCAGAUGGUUUCUAUCUGGAUCAUCUUGCAUGCCCAAUGCUAUUCUGGAUGGUACAGAUUCAUUAGAAAAAAUUGCUUCUGAAGUGUGUUGUCAAGGUGCUCAAUUGUUGUGCGGCAAGGUUGGCUCUUGCAAUGCAAUUAGCUCUAAAACAACACAAUUUAGAUCCUCAGACUGUGACAAUGCUAAGUCUGUCACGGUAGUAUCUGCCAACGUUAUUUUGGAAGAUUCAGAGUGCGGAGCAGAAAUGCUGGUUCCAAGCUGCCGAAAGAACCCUGGAAAUCCGUGUGAGUGUGGUUCUAAUUCUUCUGACAGGGAACAUCCAUCGGUGGUUGAUGGUCUUACUGUACUGCUAUUGGCCCUUCCUCCUGAUACAUGGUCUUGUCUUAAAGAUGCAAAGCUGCUACAAGAAUUUUGUGAUAUAAUUUCCCCCAAAAAUCUCCCCGACUUACUCCAACAGGAGAUACUGCAUUUGCGAAAGCAACUGUAUUUCCUUGUGACUGAUGUCUGCUGUUCUGCGACGUGAUAUGAUGAGUUUUGGUGAUUCUUUUUCUUUAUGAAAUUGGCAUCUAACUCGGCAAUUAGCAUGAUAGAAACUGAGAGUUGAUGAAGUUUGCUUUUGGAGAUACUGAUAUCGCUGCACAAUGAAUUGCAUGGAGAAGCACCUGGGUAAGUUUUGUGUGAAGUACGAGACAUGAUGAGAAUCAGAAGCCACGGCAUAUUGUUACAUCAAGAAGCAUACUCUUUGUAUACAGUCAUACAGAUACUCAUUUGCUCCAAAAUGUAUUGAAGUUGCUGGUGUAAUACUGUAAUGCCCAUCUGACUGUCCUGUCAAAACCUCACAAUAAAUUUGAGGUUUGAAAUUGGUGUAGCUGUAGAGUGUAGAUGGAUAUUUCCAUCUGAUUUUCUUUUCGAUUCCUCGCAAUAAAUUGAGGUUUUUCUCUAAACAACUACAAAUAUUGAAGUAAAGUAUGAAGUUGUUCAUUAAACGGGAGCACCUAAGCCUUGGUCCUCGAUCAUUCGUUUUUCUCCA